GUCGUCAGACGCUAUUUAAAUCAUCCGAUUCUCUCUGUGUUUUAUUCUUGCUCUGACAUUCUUUAUACUUCAGUCUGAUUACCAGAACUUCUUGAUUGGAUUAGCUGUAAAGCAACAAUAAUGGCCGAUGCAGCAAGAGAAGGGACGGGGGCCACCAUGUUUUCUCCAUACAAGAUGGGCAAGUUCAAUCUCUCACACAGAGUGGUGCUUGCACCGAUGACGAGAUGCAGAGCUUUGAAUGGCAUUCCGAAUUCAGCGCUGGCGGAGUAUUAUGGGCAGCGCUCAACUCCCGGCGGAUUUCUCAUUAUUGAAGGAACCAUGAUCUCCCCUUCUGCCGCCGGGUUUCCACACGUCCCUGGGAUUUACAGAGAAGAACAAGCGGAGGCAUGGAGGAAGGUAGUGGAUUCUGUUCAUGCCAAAGGAGCCAUCAUAUUCUGUCAACUCUGGCAUGUUGGCCGAGCAUCUCAUCAAGUUUAUCAACCUGGUGGGUGUGCACCGAUAUCCUCGACGAGCACCCCCAUAUCCAAAAGGUGGAGAAUUCUGAUGCCAGAUGCAACACAUGGCAUUUAUCCGAAGCUUCGAGCCUUAGAAACCUCUGAAAUACUGGAGGUGGUGGAGGAUUACCGUCGGGCAGCAGUGAAUGCCAUUCGAGCAGAUAUUGUAGUUAGAAAGGAUGAUAUUCACGAUCAUUUGGAUGGCCCAGCUACCAUUUUGGUAAACCCUUGUAAUUGAUAGUAUUCUUGAUUGAAAUUACGGCAACAGUAUUUGUAAUGAAUUUGUUAGGCAUAUGACCUA